AUGGGUGACACUACUGGUUUUGCUUCCCGUUUCCCAGGAAACCUCGACCCAAGAGCUCAAGAAUUCAUUCCAACCACCCAUCAUCAUUUACCACCUUUACUCUUUCCGCAUCUUUACGUUCCUUACGCUUCUCCACCGCCUUACCACCAGUUCUCUCCUCCUCCUCCUCCACCGCCGGCGUUCGUUAGCAGUGACCACCCCUCUCUAUUAAGUCCUCCUGGCAGUACCUCUUUGCCACCUUCUUGUAACAUGCCGUCACGGGCCUUACUCUUGAGCAUGGUCCCCGCUGACGUCAGCGAGUCGACGGUGAGGAGAGAGCUGGAGGUGUUUGGUGACGUCAGGGCAGUUCAGAUGGAGCGAGUUCGAGACGGGAUCGUCACGGUUCAUUUCUACGACUUGAGGCAAGCGCAGGAGGCGUUGGCGGCAAUUCAAGAGCAGCACAUGCAGCAGCAGUUCAGAUUGAGGAGGCAUUACGAUGCCGUCUUUGCGCAGAAUUCCGUGGGUCUUAAUUUACUGCCUCCUCCUUCACAGCUUCUGCUGCCGCCGUUGCCGCCGCCAGCACGAGGGCUCAUAGCCGGGAGGGCUGUCUGGGCUCAAUAUACAGUCCCCGUGGCUUCUACGCUUCCGGAUGGGAAUAACCAAGGGACUCUUGUGAUAUUCAAUUUGGAGCCCGAGGUCACCCCAACUUACCUCAAGCAAAUUUUUGAAGCCUUUGGGCCUGUUAAGGAAUUGAGAGAGACACCAAUGAAGAGGCAUCAAAGGUUUGUGGAGUUUCACGAUACUAGAGAUGCAGCCAAGGCCUUGUCGGAAAUGAACGGGAAGGAAAUUCAAGGUAGGCAAGUUGUGAUUGAAUUUAGCAGGCCUGGUGGUCAUAGCAAGAAAAGUUCAUCAUCAAGAGCCAGCCGAGGCAAUACUAUGGCCACUUUCAGCGGACUUGAAUAUUCUUUGACAAAUUAUCAAGCAAGGCCUUCACGUAACUUGCCACCAUCUCCACCACCUCCCAUGUCUCGUAAAAUACCUGGUCGGCCGCUUUGUAAAUCUCAUGACAUGAAAGCGGCGAGUUAUUAUUCCAAGGGAAACCCUAAUGGAAAUGGUGAUAACCGGAGCUCUAGUUCGAGUAAUGCCUCGGUUCAAAAUUCAAUGGCUUCUCUGAGACUUGUUGGCCAAAAUGGAAGUCGAAAUGUAGGAGUACAGGAAGAAUCAUGGAACUUUAGGCCUUCGAGUUCAAAGAAGAAUUGCAAGAAGAGAGGAGGAAAUUGUACAAAUAUUGCAAGUGGUAGUAGUGGGACGGCUACUAGUAGUAGUACUUCCAAGCAUCAACAACAACAGACCAAGGGUAGUCGACCCUGGAAAGGUUCAUCUAGACAGUCAAAGGAAUACGAUCCGCGUUUCUUGAUAAACGAAGAUGCGAUUAUAGAAUCAAAUUGCCCAGAUUCCAGAACCACUGUCAUGAUUAAAAACAUUCCCAACAAGUACAGUCAGAAGCUACUGCUGAACAUGCUAGACAACCACUGCAUCCACUGCAACGAGCAGAUUGACGACGGCGAUGAUCAGCCCUUGUCUUCCUACGACUUUGUCUACCUUCCUAUUGAUUUCAUAAACAAGUGCAAUGUGGGAUACGGCUUCGUGAACAUGACCUCCCCAGAGGCAACCUUGAGACUAUACAAGGCAUUCCACCGUCAAAGCUGGGAAGUCUUCAACUCCCGCAAAAUUUGUGAAGUUACCUAUGCCAGAUUACAGGGAGUGGAAGCGUUGAAAGAGCAUUUCAAGAACUCAAAGUUCCCAUGUGAUGUGGACGAGUACAUGCCAGUAGUGUUCUCACCGUCACGAGACGGGCGGAGAUUGACGGAGCCGGUCCCGAUAACCGGCCAUUCCACCGCGUCUACCCCUCCUCUUCUUCUAUCUUCUUCUCCAGCAGCAAGUUCCAAGGAAGACUACCAUUCGGAAGAUUACGACGAGAUAGACGGUGGAGAUUCGCAGGUCAAUGGAGUAAAUGGCGAUGUUAUUAAUGAUGAUGUUGACGGGAAUGAUGAGGAUCAAGAAAUGUACAGCUGCGGUGGCAAAAGCAGUACUAGUAGGAAUAGGUGUAGCAGCAGCAGCAGCUCAAACGGCGGCGAUAGUGGAGAUCCGUGUGAUGAUGGCGAUGACGUUUACGGUGGAAGACAAAAACAGUAGAAGCGG